AUGCUGGGAGUAUUCUCCACCUUACUGCUGGCCUUCGCCCCGUCUUAUGCAGCCGCAGCCAUAUGUUCACCGGGAUUCAACUGGACAUACAAUUCUCAAGGCCAGAGUCCUUGUGAUAUUGCUGCUUCACUUCUUGGCGUUUGCGCACCAGGUGCAGGUGAUAUUUUAUACCUAUCGCCGCUUAUCCAGACCAUAACUCCCUUGUGUCAGGUCCCCUUCCUCAACUUCCCCCAGGAUAUUAUUAUGUUGGGCCAACAGUCCAAUCCCGGAAUGAAUGUAGUUGCACACAAGCGGCAGUUUACAAUGCCGCUUGAAUCCCAUCUCUCUGCUGCAGGAGGCGCCGAAUCUGUGGCUGGACCCUCCGCAACUACAACUGGUUUAGGGGUCUCUCCGACCAAUAUGCAAAGUCCUAAAAAAAAGCCGAAUUCUGGUGCUAUAGCAGGGGGGGUGGUCGGAGGAGUUGCUCUCCUUGUAAUUAUGGCGAUUGUGGUGGUUUGGUUCGUACUUCGCCGAAGGGAUUCUCGGCGUCAAUCUCGGUUCAGUUAUGCGAGCUCAGUAAAAACGGAGCCUCAAGGAUACACUGGUUGAAAUCUAUGACCAACCUUUAUGACUCGGAUCGUUGACCUUCUCCCAUAGUCCCAGAUUAAACGUAUUCCCGGAAAGUCCUAUAUUACUUACUUUGUACAAUGUAGCAUUCCUUGACUCUAGCUCUGCUGAAAACAUCGUUCGCCACAUGAAAUGUUAGCUUA